UUGUCACAGCCGCUACUGCGAAGGAUUUGAUUUUGACCCGAGAGGCUGUUCGUUUGCCUCUUACAAAUUUGAUUUCUCAAAGUCUCGUGCAAACACAAACUUUCUUACUCUCCUUUGCCCGAAACAUCAUUGGCCUCAGCUCUCUCAAACUGAUAAGAAACACAAAGACAAAACAGUAGUAUGUGGCCUUCUAGGAUCCACUCAAUGCAAGACUCCCACAUGUGUUGUCUGUGUAAAGAGAACCUUCUAAACUGAGCGCCCAUACAUUUUAUUUGUUUUUUUUAUCCGUUUUUGUUGCUUUUUUCAACAAACCCAGUUGGUUAUUUUCAGUCUUUCCCUCUAUUUUCCUGGUUGUUAUUUGGCUUAUGGGAAAUUGAACGGUAUUUGUUAUCUGGGUAUUUGAUUUGAGGGUGAUAUUUCAUAUUUGGUUCUUCUUGAGAAAUGAUGUCAAUGACAUGCCGAAGUAUUGAUUUUGGAAGGACUCUGCUUGAUUUGGCGGCUUGUGGGUGUUCCUCCAAUGCUUCAAUAGACAGGUAUUCAGUAAGGAACUAUGCCAAGUUCGCUUCUACGACUUGCACUAGAAGGUUGCGCUGCUGCCGGCGAGAUAUUGCUCGGUGUAGAGUUUCUUCCACAAAGACCCCUGAGACUCUGCCUAAUGGAGUUGCUCAAGGUCCUGUAACACUUCUGGAUUUGAAGGAGUCAAAAGGCCCUAUUUCAUUGAAAAAUUUGUUUGAAGUGGUUGCUGACGAUCUCCAGACUCUUAACCACAACCUCCGGUCGAUUGUUGGUGCAGAAAAUCCAGUUUUAAUGUCUGCAGCUGAGCAGAUAUUUGGUGCUGGUGGGAAGAGGAUGCGUCCAGCUUUGGUAUUCCUAGUGUCAAGAGCCACUGCUGAAAUAGCGGGAUUAAAAGAACUUACAACAAAGCAUCGUCGCUUAGCAGAAAUCAUUGAGAUGAUCCAUACCGCAAGCUUAAUACAUGAUGAUGUAUUAGAUGAGAGUGACAUGCGAAGAGGAAAAGAAACUGUUCAUCAACUGUAUGGCACACGGGUAGCAGUACUGGCCGGGGACUUUAUGUUUGCUCAGUCCUCGUGGUACCUAGCAAAUCUAGAAAGCAUUGAAGUUAUUAAGCUCAUUAGUCAGGUUAUCAAGGAUUUUGCCAGUGGUGAAAUAAAGCAGGCAUCUAGUUUGUUUGACUGUGACGUUAAACUUGAGGAGUAUUUGAUCAAAAGCUAUUACAAAACGGCCUCCUUAAUUGCGGCUAGUACCAAAGGAGCAGCGAUUUUUAGUGGGGUGGACAGUAGUAUUAGUGAACAAAUGUAUGAAUAUGGUAAGAAUCUUGGACUAUCCUUCCAAGUUGUAGAUGAUGUACUGGAUUUUACACAGUCAGCAGAGCAGCUGGGGAAGCCGGCUGGCAGCGACCUAGCGAAAGGGAACCUGACUGCACCUGUAAUAUUUGCUCUGGAGAAAGAGCCAAAACUAAGAGAAAUAAUCGAGUCUGAAUUCUGCGAGACAGGUUCUCUUGACAAAGCUGUUGAGUUGGUUAAGCACCGUGGGGGAAUUGAAAGAGCUCAAGAAUUAGCAAACGAGAAAGCUUAUCUUGCAAUUCAGAGUCUUAAUUGUCUCCCUCGGGGUGCAUUUCGAUCAGCCCUUGAGGAAAUGGUGUUGUACAAUCUGGAACGGAUUGAUUAGUUAAAUCUAUCUUGUUCAACGAGUUACUAUUUGAUGGGAAACAAAUAAUCGGCAAGAAUUACUGUGGGCCGGUAAGCCUAAGCUUGAUUACAAACUGCAGUUACUUCACUUUUACAAAGUACAAACUGCAGGAGGAGAAAGCUACUGGAGACUGGUUUUAUAUGGGUUAAGUGUUAAAUGAUGAUUCAGCUCGUAAUAUUGUUUAUUGAACUACAAAGUUUCACUGCAAAUUGGCCCGAAGAUAAACAACACAUUUUUUAUAUGAUACAGAUUAUGAUCAUCAAUAAUGUCAAGCUGCAUAAUGUAUUUUAAUUGAUUUUGUCAUGGCACUGUUAUACACAUUUACUGGUGAAUGGAAAAUUUCCUUGAACCUCCAUGUUCUUUAA